AGGCAGUUCCACGUAAGAAGCGCAAAGUGACUGUUGAUUCUCGUUUUAAAUCAAUGUUUACUGACAAACGCUUUCAAGUCAAAUAUAAAACUGACAAAAGAGGCUCGGCAAUGCAAGAAUCAUCUUCUGAAAAUCUUAGAAAAUAUUACGAUAUUUCAACAGCUGAUGAUGAUGGUAAUAGCUUAGAGGAAAAGGUGAAGGAAAAAGAAAAUGAAAUAGAAGGCAAUGUAGAGGAGGAAGAAGGAGAUAAUGAUGACAUUAAUGAAGAACAAGAAGAUGAAAAUGACUCUGAAGAAAGAGAGAAAGAAGAAUUUGAUGAAGAUGAGAGUGAGAGUGACAUUGAAAGUGAUGCCUCAUCAACUGAUAUUGAUGAUGAUGACUUGCUCAAUACACUAACAAAAGAUGGAGUAUUUUCUCAGUGGCUGGAUGAGACUGAGGCUGUGCCACAAUCAGAAUCAACUGGUUACAGACUAGCAUUAUGCAGUAUGAACUGGGACAGAGUCAAUGCAGUGGAUCUGUAUGUUCUCUUCAAUUCUUUCAAGCCGACAGUUGGCAUGGUGAAAUCUGUCACUAUCUAUCCUAGUGAUUUCGGUCAGGAGAGACUGAGAGAAGAAGAGACUCAUGGACCCACAGAACUAGUGAAGACUCAUCAGUCUUGCCCAGAGGAGGAAAAUGAUCCAACACUCUCUGAGGACCCAGGCAGUUCUGUCUAUCACGAGAAGUUACGUGAAUAUCAGUUAAAGAGACUCUCCUACUAUUACGCAAUAAUUGAAUGCGAUUCCGCUGCAACCGCGGAACAUAUAUACGAGGAAUGUGAUGGACUUGAACUUGAGCUAAGUUCUAGUACAUUGGAUCUAAGAUUUGUUCCUGAUGACAUGACUUUUACCGACAGCAAGCCGUCGUCAAUAGCAACCGAAUCGUCACUAACUAAAGACUAUGAGCCACCAGAGUUCAUGACUAGCGCUCUCCAGCAGUCAAAAGUUCAGCUGACGUGGGACGAGACUAACCCGGCCCGCUUGAAGAAAACAAUGAGACAACACAAUAAAGAGGAUCUUAGUAACAUUGAUUUUGAUACAUUCCUUGGCUCUUCAUCAGAUGAUGAACAGGAAUCAUCAAAAGAAGACUCCAUUAAGAAAUACAGAUCAUUAUUGGGUCUUCAAGAUAAUGGAAAUGACACGAAGAAGGAGAAGGAAGAGGAGGAGGAGCUUGAAAUAACAUGGAAUAUAGGUUUAAAAGAAGGCAAGGAGAUAAGCAAUGAAAAAGAUGUUAUGCCCCUCAAUGAUGAUAAAGAUAAAGGAUUUGAUGAUCCUUUCUUCUCUGACAAGAAAUCAAUGAAAAGGAAGAAGAAGAAGCUAGAUCCAGAAGAGGAGAAGAGGAUUCAAAAAGAGAAAGAAGAGCUUGAGCUCCUUGUCCUCUCUGAUACAGAAGACACAAGAGAGCACUUUAGCCUCAAGCAGAUAAUGAAGGAAGAGAAGAAAGAGAGUGCUAAACUGAAGAGACGAAAAAGAAAAGAGAAGACCAAGGAAUCAUCUGCUGUCAGUAAUUUUGAAGUUGAUCUCCAUGAUCCAAGAUUCUCUGCUUUAUACAAGUCACAUCACUAUGCUAUUGAGCCAUCAAGCCAGCAAUACAAGGCAACUAAAGGUAUGAAGAAGCUGUUGAAUGAGAGACAAAAAAGAAGAAAAAUUGAUACAGAAGAAGUUACUGAGAAUAUUGAACAUCAAAAACCAGAUAUGUCUCUCCCCUCUUCAUCAAACCUCCAAACAUUAGUGAAAUCUGUCAAAUCAAAAGCAGACUCGUUAAAGAAAAGAAAGCAAAUAUUAGUGAAGAACAGAAAGAUUCAUCGAAAAUGACACUAAAUUUUUGUAAACUUUUGUUAUUAGAACAAUAAUAAUUUGCUGUUUUCUAGUACUGAUAGUUCAUGUGAGUCCUUAUAUCGUCUAGUA